AUGGCCUUGAGUCAACCCGCGCAGAUGAACCGAUCCACCCCCGCGAACCUGCCGCAAGUGACGUCUCCGGUGGAUCCUAGCUAUGGGGAGGAUGAAGAACCCCCCACAAAGGGAAAGAGGAAGACAUCCGGCUCCAACAAGCGAGAGAGCUGCCAACGACUCAAGACCGUCAGGGCCUGCGAUAUUUGCAAAGAGAAAAAGACUCGCUGUAGCGGAACUCGUCCCUGUGCGCGUUGUCAACGACUGUCGUUGGCCUGUGAAUACGAAACAACUUACUCCAGGGGACUUGGUCCGCCACCGCCGCCUCCGCCGCUGGAGCUGACCUUCGAUAACCAGCCACACGAGCAGCAGUUCUUCAAGCAGGAUGUGAGCUUCCCAACAUCAAUUCAGCAGCCUGCACAGCUUGGGGGUGCCCAUCAAGCUUCCAGCAGUGCCGAUCUCUUGACUGCAGACUUUCAUGGAGGUUACCUAGACCUGGCAUCAGGAACCUCGUUUAUCAACCGGGUGUGUCAGCGCCUCAACCAAGACAAGGCGCCGUCCGCUGACAUAAGUGUCUCGGAUGGGUUCAAUGGCGAACUUUCGGAUAGUCCAUCUGUCACUAAAUACGGGGACAAGCCAUAUUCAGACCUCUACAAGCCUGAUUUUACCCUUCCUCCCCUGGAGAGGGCACUGGAAAUGGUGGCCACUUAUUUUGAAUAUGCCGUUGUGACCUACCGGUUCUUGCAUCGUGGUCACGUCGAGCAAUGGCUCCGUCAGAUCUAUCAGAGCAACUUUUCUGCGACAAACCUGCCCACAGACCUGAUGGUGGGGCGAUGUUGUAUUGUCUACAGCGUCCUUGCGAUUGGUACUCUGUAUGAGAGGCGGGCUCCUGAGUCUGAUGUAGAUUAUGAUGAGCAAAGCGAACGUUGGUUUGCCCUUUCAAAGCGGAUGUCCUCCAUUGAGUCGGGCGCACCACGCCUGGAGAUAGUACAAGCGAGACUAAACCGAAGUCUCUAUCUACUGGCGUCAUCCCGCGCCAGUGAAUGCUGGUUCGCAUUCGGCACCACCGUUCAGUUUCUGACUGCCCUAAACAUACAUCGCAAAUGGCCGUCCACUAUGGUUCAGGAGGGCAAGGGCACAUAUCUAGAGCAAGAGCUUCGCAAAAGAACGUUUUGGAGCGCUUACACAUUGGAUAAGUAUUUGAGCGUGAUGUUCGGCCGACCGCGGUUGCUGCACGAUGAAGACUUUGAUCAAGAGCUUCCGGACGAGGUAACGGAUCAAGACUUGUUGAUCAAUGAUCCGAGCUUGCGAUCUGGUGUGCCCGAUGAUGUGAUGAUUGCAUCCGUACUACAUUACCGGUCGGUUUCUGACUUGAAGCUUAUCCUGAGAAAAGGCCAGCGCAAGCUCACAUUUACUAGACUCUCACAGGUGCUGGCAGAUAUUUCACGAAAGUUAUACACCCUCAAUCCACCUGAAGGAUCCCCAUUUGAGGCAGUCAUCCUCUUGACUCUCGAGUUGGACCGAUGGAAGGAGGCCGCAGCUCCAUUAAUGGAUCGCUGGCGAUCUCAGAUCCAGCAGCUCGCCUACUCUCACGCAAUAAUUUACGCCACGCGCUUCUUCCUCUUGAAUGAUUGCCAGGAUAUUCCCCAAUCAAGCGUCGCCAUCUACGUUCACAAAUGCAUCGCUGCUGCCGAAGAAAUCAUGACAAUCAUCAACGGACUCGCCAGCCGAAAAGCUCUCAUUCAUGGUUUUUGGUUCACACAUUACGUCUGCUUCUGCGCCAUCACAGUCGUUUACAUCCAUGUUAUCAAACAGCACCAAGCGUCUUUGGGCGAUUCAUCGAACAAGAAGGUGGAAAACAGCAGCCAGCUACAAUAUCUGUUCAGCCUUGCGGAGACCUGCCAACAGCAUCUGGGCAAGGCCACCUCACAGAGCAGUCCUAACCGUCGAUACGGUAUUAUUUUAGAGCAGUUGCGUCUAGAGGUCCACCGGCAAGUCAUCUCUAGUCUCCGACCGGGUGCCCCAAUAGAGACAGAAGACAGCCAGAAGAGCCUCAAAUCAAACAGUUUUCUUCCGCCUAGCUUCCACCCUGCCCCUGUGACUACUACCGCUGCGGUGUCUCCAAAGCCGGAGAUCAUGGCAUUCGACUCACUACCCUCAGAUCUUUUUGAUUCUCAUCUUGUGGACGACUCUUUCAAAUUAUACGACAACUUUGGCUUCCCGGACAGCUCCGAUACUUCGGCCUGGUGGGCGCAAAUAGAUUCCUGGGCGUACACCGAUAUCUCAGAGGAGCCCUCUGUAUUCCGGUUUUGA